UCACUCUGAUCGGUGCUCCAAAUCGGAAUAUAUACCAUACAAAAAUGAGUUUAGAUUAUUCAGUAGAAUUUAAUCACGAUGAAAAUAUUCUUUUUGUCGAAAGACAUGUGUCUUACUUGUCGAAAUUCCUGACCAACCUUACCUUGGAGUCAUCUGAAGAUCAAGACGAAGAGUCCACUAUUUUUAAUGAAAAACUUUUGCAAUUUAAAUACGAAGCUGAAUGGCUGGACUUGAUUUUUCCAUCACCCGACUAUUAUGCCCAGAAAGAGGAAUUAAUCUACAAGGUUGUAUGCGAAAUUAAGGCGAAAAAGCAUAUGGAUGAACAGAAAUGUAUGGACACCUCACCAGUUGACCAUUUUCUGGAUACCUAUCCGGAAGAUUUGAAUUCAUUAGUUGUAGUAGAACUUCAAUGAUUUAAUUUUUUUAAAUACUAAUACUCUUUAAGAAGAGGAGAGCAUUUGGUUGGCUCAUAAUGUUGCCAAAUCUUCUAAUUAAAUCAUUAGCUCAUA